AUGAAGAACGGUUUUAAUGGCUGGAAUACUGGAGAUUUCGUUGAUAAUCUUUGGCCGAACUAUCAGGAUGGUUAUUCAUGGUUUCGCGUUUUUGGUGUAUUCUUUCCCACAGUAACUGGUGUUUUAUCUGGUAUUAAUAUGAGUGGUGAUUUACGGGCACCUUCAACCGAUAUACCAAAUGGCACAUUAGCAGCCUUCGGUACAUCUACCUUCCUUUACUUGGUUUUUGUGCUUUUCCUUGGUUCCACGUGCUCUCGUGUUACACUGCUUACUGAUUUCAUGAUAUCCGUUAAAGUUUCUGCAGUGCAAUUUUUACUCUUAUCCGGAAUUUAUGUGUCAAGUAUGUCAUCGUGUUUAGGCGCUAUGUAUGGCACACCACGCGUUUUACAGAGUAUAGCAAAUGAAAGUGUAAUUCCAGGCAUCGAUGCACUUGGCAAAGGCCGCGGUCCUAACAAAGUGCCACUGUAUGCUAUGGCGGUUGUGGCUGUCGUUACUGUAACUUUUAUUAUUGUUGGUGAUAUCAAUUUCUUGGCACCUAUUGUAACCAUGCCAUUUUUGCUGACCUAUGCUUGUAUUGACUACUCAUAUUUUGCAUUGGCACAAACAUUUGAUAUACAAGAGCAGCGAGAAGAACGUUUUCGUAUACAAGCUUCGAGUCCUUCAUAUGAGACUCGUCGUUAUGGUUCUGUACAGGAAGGAAAUGAUUUGGAUAUUCUCUUCCCCGAUCGAGUACGUCAUAAGAAUUUACAAAGCCCACAAAACUCACCACUACAUGUGCCUUCAACAAAUGGAGCUUCUAGCAAUGAGACUGAACGAAAUCAUAUCCAGCAAAAUCACAAUACUAAUGAUCCAAAUGCUGUCAUAAUACGAGACGGUUUCAAUAGCACUAAUCAAGAUGCUGCGCCCGAAGGUGCAAGUCCACAUGAAAAUGAAGAUGAAGAACCCAUUGCACCAAUACGUCCACCGAUUCAUUCAAAAACCAAAAAUUGGUACUCUGGUUAUUGCAAUCGCUGGGCAUCACUUUUAGGCGCUUUCACAAAAUUAUUAGUGAUGCUCUUAGUGAAUUGGUACUACGCGUUAACCUGCUUCUUAGUUGUCUUUAUUAUAUGGUUUUACGUAGGCACAGCCAAUCCAGCGGUGAAACCUGGUCUAACGGCAGAGUUUAACUUUUUUGCUUGGCUUAAAAGUGUUAUAUUCAGAUGCUUCGGUAAACGUAUGCAUGAAUAUGAACAAAUUGUGGUAACGCCGUCUUGUCCUGGUGUUGAUUUCUCACCGACACAAUUAAAUGAUGAAAAUGAAGACUUUUCACAGCGAAGGCGAUAUCAUCAGUCUUCAGUAGUAGAAGGUCAUUUAGUGGAUACUAUAUAAUUUAUUUUUUUGUAAGGAAUUAAUAUGUAAUUAAAAAAAGCUCAAUAACCGUUUGCAGCAAUUGGACCAACCAAUCAACCAAAUGUAUUAACAAAGCAAUAAUACUCUAUACCACAUCUGCUUUUGCUUUUUUAAUUCAAAUCUCUGCCUCUAUAAUCGCUACAAUAUAUAUUUUUAAAGUUUUUGAACACGAUGUAUAAACCCCAGCGCAAAAAUAUUAAACAAUUUUUACUAGACUUGUUGUGCAUUUAUAUAUUAUAUUUUAUAUUAUUUGUUAUUGUAAAUUUUAGCUUUUUUAAUUACGUUGUCAAUUUUCAAACUUUAUUCAUUUAACUAAAAUACUUAAAGUAUGUUUCCUUAAGUUGCGAUACGUGCUUAAAUUGAUUAAGGAAGCAUAUGUGAUAAUGAGAUAAUAAGUAAAGGGAAAAACAUUACUUAAACGUUGAGUAAAAUAUUGGAGAAAUUUAUAACACAAAAUCAAAAAAAUUUAAUUU